UUUGUGUGAGGUUUAUAUUUGUGUGUGAAAUUUCUGAGCUAGUUAAACGCAGAUAGAUAAUGUAUGUGUGUUUGUGUUUGUGUGUGUGCGUGAGAGAGAGAGAAAGCAAGAGAGAGAAGAGAGAAGAGGGGCCAAGAAGAAAGCGAUGGUCGGGUAGGUUUGGGACUCGGGACCAUUUCUAUGGGGCAAAAGAAGCACAAAAUUGCAUUUGUCAUUGAGAAUAUGACGUUCUGUUACUUCGUAAUCAAGCAUAGUGGGUAGCCUAAGGAAAGUUUUCUCUUCUGACAGAGAACAUCUCCAUUGGUAAUAGUUGAAGCAAAACGGGUUUUUUUUUGGGUUAAUUUCCAAUUUUAUAUUAUGAAGCUUGGAUUCGAAGAAUAAGCAAGGUGGUGGUUGGAUAAUACCCAUGAUUACCUUGUGGCUGCAGAUACAAAAGUGAUUGAGCUUUUGUAUGAAUAGCUAAUUUUUGUAAAUAUUUUUUGGGAAAAGGAGGGGAGAGUUGUUGGAUUAAAUUCAUAGUUACUUUGUUGUUGCUGAUUGGACUUCUUUAUAGUUACAGAAUGAUCUGGCUGUGAAGGUAUUGAUUCGUUUUGGCAAGUUCAACAACCUUUCCUAACGUUUAAACCGAUUUACACUUUAGACAGCAAGAGUGAGAGGUUAGAAACAUUUAGUGAGAGCUAGAUAAUGGGGGCGAUUGGCAGAGAAGAGCUUGUGAAGUGGGAGAAGAUGCAAGGAGCAAGUGGCCGUGAGGAGAAGAUUCUUGUUUUGGUGAGGUUGAGGCCUUUGAGUGAGAAGGAGAUUGAAUCAAAUGAGGUGGCAGAUUGGGAAUGCAUCAAUGACACUACGAUCUUAUACCGGAAUACCCUGCGCGAGGGAUCUACAUUUCCAAAUGCUUAUACAUUUGACACAGUAUUUCGAGGUGACUGCUCCACAAGGCAGGUUUAUGAAGAAGGAACCAGAGAAAUUGCUCUUUCAGUUGUCAGUGGUAUCAACUCAAGUAUUUUUGCAUAUGGACAAACGAGUAGCGGGAAAACUUAUACCAUGAAUGGUAUAACUGAGUACACAGUGGCUGAAAUAUUUGACUACAUACAUAGGCAUGAAGAAAGAGCAUUCGUUGUGAAGUUCUCAGCAAUUGAGAUUUACAAUGAAGCUGUAAGAGACCUCCUAAGCACGGAUAACACUCCACUUAGGCUGCUUGAUGAUCCAGAUAGGGGGACUAUUGUGGAGAAACUCACAGAGGAAACUCUGAGAGAUUGGAGCCAUUUAAAGGAGCUUCUUUCUAUUUGUGAAGCUCAAAGACAGAUAGGAGAGACCUCAUUGAAUGAGAAAAGCUCCAGAUCACAUCAAAUUAUUAGAUUGGGGAUUGAAAGCUCUGCUCGAGAAUUCUUAGGCAAAGAUAAUUCAACUACUCUUGCAGCUAGUGUGAGUUUUAUUGAUUUAGCGGGAAGUGAACGUGCAUCUCAGGCACUGUCAGCUGGGGCAAGAUUAAAAGAGGGUUGCCACAUAAAUCGUAGUUUACUAACUCUGGGGACUGUUAUUCGCAAAUUAAGUAAGGGGAGACAAGGACAUAUUAAUUACAGAGAUUCUAAGCUAACACGCAUACUACAGCCUUCAUUGGGUGGAAAUGCUAGAACUGCCAUCAUUUGCACUUUGAGCCCUGCAAGAAGCCAUGUUGAGCAAACUAGAAACACUCUUUUGUUUGCUUGUUGUGCAAAAGAGGUGUCUACAAAAGCACAGGUCAAUGUAGUUAUGUCUGACAAGGCCUUGGUCAAGCAUUUACAGAAAGAGCUGGCUAGAUUGGAAAGUGAACUGAAAACUCCUGGACCUGCUUCUUCAGCUUGUGAUUAUGUUGCAUUACUCAGAAAGAAAGAUCUUCAGAUUGAAAAGAUGGAGAAGCAAAUUAGAGAGCUAACGAAGCAACGGGAUUUGGCUCAAUCACGUGUGCAGGAUUUACUGCAGAUGAUUGGAAAUGGUCAACAUUCAAGAGAACGUAACGAUGAUCAUCCUAAAUUGCAGGCGGAGGAUACAUGGGAAGAUGAAGGUUCUGUAUCAGAAUCGUCAAGUGUGGUUGAUCGUAGUUCAAUUGGUAUUAGGCGGUACAGCAAUCCCCAUUAUGAUGAUAGGGACAGUGAGAAUAGUCCUGAUGAGCAUCAGCUACAGGACAAUGACAAUGACAAUGAUCAUUACCUGUCCGAUGGAACGUCUUCACCACUGACAGCUGGAAAGAAGUUUGUUCAGUCUAAUUCAAGACACAGUCAAGAUGAAACUGCAGAAGGUCCCGAUGACUACUGCAAGGAAGUUCAGUGUAUUGAAAUGGAAGAUUUGAGUAGGCCCAAGGAUUCUGAUGGUGGCAAUGAAGGAGCUUUGGCACUGUCUGGGAAUACAGAUACAGUUGGUCAAGAAAACUCAGUGAACAGAGGCAGAGAACUGGGUCAGAUGCAAAAUGGCUUUGCAUAUGAUGUCUUGGAGCAAAGACUUAAUGAUGUACAAAUGACCAUUGACUCUCUAGCCACUGCAUCGGAUAUGCCUAGUUCUAGAAGCUUUAGUUUAACUAGAAGUUGGAGUUGUAGAGCUGAUCUGCUGAAUGGCUCAUCUCCUGAUAAAGCACAUAGAACCCCAUCUAAUGGCUUUGAGAAAGGCUUUCCUGGAAGACCUGAGGGUCUUGGAAGGAGGUUUCCUCUUUUAAAUUUUGACGCCAAAAGUAUGAGGUUGUCAAGAAAUAAUUCUCAAUCUUCUUUCGGAAGUGCCUCCGUGGAUGAGCUAAGAGCACAGGGUGGCAGGGCUGGGGAUGAGGAUGUUACUAGCCUCCAUACUUUUGUUACAGGACUGAAGGAAAUGGCCAAGCUUGAGUAUGAGAAGCAACUUGUCGAUGGUCAGGCACAAGAGACGCAGUGCAAAGCUGAGAAGAAUGUGAAAGACAUAGGAGUAGAUCCAAUGCUAGAAACAGAAGAAACUCCAGAUUGGCCUCUAGAAUUUGAAAGACUUCAAAAGGCCAUAUUGGAACUUUGGCAAGCCUGCCACGUGUCAUUAGUUCAUAGAACCUACUUCUUCUUGCUCUUUAAAGGUGAUCCGUCAGAUUCCAUUUACAUGGGGGUGGAGCUUAGGAGACUGUCUUUCCUAAAGGAAACAUAUUCUUGUGGAAAUCAGGCCAUGGAAGACAGUCGGACCCCCACAUCGGCUUCAAGUAUGAAAGCUCUUCGUCGUGAGAGAGAGGUGCUGGGCAAGCUGAUGCAGAAAAGGUUUUCGGAAGAAGAAAGGAAGAGACUCUUCCGGGAGUGGGGCAUCACAUUAGACUCCAAGCGUCGGAGGCUGCAGCUGGCAAACCGCCUAUGGAGUAACCCGAAGGAUAUGAACCACGUCAGGGUGAGUGCUGCGAUCGUUGCAAAGCUGGUGAGGUUCGCAGACCAGGGGCAGGCACUCAAGGAGAUGUUUGGUCUUAGUUUCACACCUACUAUUACCAAACGUAGAUCAUAUGGCUGGAAAAACAGCAGGAUAUCUCUUUUGUAAUCUUGUAUUGUGCUCAUAUAGAGGUGGUUUGUCUAAUUAAUUGGCCAUAUAGUCAUCUCUUUUUUUUUUUUCACCAAUGAAAUUAUAUUAGUUUACUAACUAUUGUAAGGGUAAAACUGUAUUAGUCUGGCCUCCACAGGUUCUAAUGCUAUGUAUGUAUGUAUGUUGUAUUUUGGUAUGCGGCUUUGGGAUUUGCCUCAGUUUUAAUGAAAUAUAAGAAAUUGAUCUCUCUCUCUCUC